AUGAGUCUAGGAGAUUCAAAUACAAGAGAUGAAGUGGAGGAAAAUGUCACCGCCAUAAGGGCCAGUACUGAAGAUGAUUACGUUCAUAUUAAUAAUGAGCUGUCAUCCGAUGAUGAGUACCUUCUGAGUGAUCAAGAGAACCCACCUAUGGGCGGAUCAAACAACCAUCUAGAUUCACAAUUUCACGACCUCAGCAGUUUGAAUAAUCAUGCAAAGUAUUUUUCCAAUUCAAUACUACAAUCUUUGGACUCUAGUGAUGUUGACAAGGCCCUAGUUCUUGAGGCGCAAAUCAGUGGAAACUUGAAUAAUGAAAACCAAAAGUUAGUGGAGAAGACGAGCAUUUUGCAGGCAAAACUUGGUUCUCUUCAAUCGUUAUUUGAUGCUUAUUUUGGGACAAAGGAUAACUCAAAAAUUAGCAGAGUGGAAAGGUUACGAAAUGAGAUAAAUGCUAUUGAAAAACGAUUGGAAAGGUUGAAAUAUGGUCGUCAGGUGUCGUUUCCAACAUCCUUAAUCAAAGGGCAAAAGUGUGGUGUGAUUGAAGAGUAUCCUGUGGAGUACUUCGAAGCGAGGGACAAGGUGUUGGAACGAAUUCAAGAGUGA